AUGUUUGCGGCUAAUGACGAAGAAAUGAUACACCAAAAGGUAGUCGAGGCAGGCCUGAAGGGGAAAGGAAGGUCCAGAACCUUUUGCGUGGCGGGCGAGGGUGAGAGGGCCUGGAUUGGCCUGCUCGGGGCGCCUUGGCUUAUCGUUCGAUUCGCGCACCUUGCCGACGAGAAUGAGCGAAGAGUGCAAGGAAGAACCUCUGAUGUGACGCUCCUGACUUGACAAGGACGCGUCAGACCGCAACAAGCAUGCUACACAGCGUCGACCAUUCACGCAUUUCGGUCAUGGUAGACUGGUGACUGCGGUCUGA